AAGAAGAGGGAGGAAAAGAGAGUUAUCUGGACGACACACUUUUUAUAUAUCAAGUGGACGCCAUUCCUCGCCAUUUCAAAGAUCUGAUGGAUGUCAUAUAAUCAGCUGCUACCAAGUUUUCGUGCCUUGACCAGGAUCUAAAGACUUGGACCUUAUCCAGCUGAUAUUUUAAAUCCUGAACCCGGGUUUUUGGGACCAUUUUCUGGAUUUUUUCUGGCGUGUCGCACCAGUUCUGGUUUGGAUCAAACAUAUUUAAGAGGACUUCAUCACACUAAAACCUGCACCAUGGCUCGGUCUGUGGGUCUGUGGAUCUGCCUGUUCCUGCCUCUGUUAGUCACUGAAGGCAAAAGUGUCGGGCAACACGAGAGUCAGCGCCAGCCCAUCGAUAAACCUUCCUCGCACACCAAGAUGGAACCCUUUUGGAUUGCCAAGCAGCUCAAGGCCAGGGGUGACGCCCCCAAUCAGAGCCUCCCCCUCCCUGAGAUGUUGGACCUAGACGUGGAUCAGCAGCGCCGCCGCCAGGUCCGAGGGGCCGACGAGGACGAGCAGCAGUCCACCUUCAGCCAGUCCUUUGAGAACGACUCUGUGACGGCGCCUCAGGACACCGAGUUUGACAACGGAACCAAAGUAGGAGCGGGAGACGACGACGAUGACGGCAACCUUCACGGGAACUCCUCCAGGUCCGACAAAGACGCCCCGGGACUCUUUAAUCCCUUCUACCCGCUGGUGGAGAGCUCGUACGCGGCCUAUGCGGUCCUGUUUCUGGCCGGCCUGGUGCUGGCGGUGGGCGUGGUGGGAAACAUGGCGGUCAUGUGUGUCGUCUGGAACAACUACUACAUGAGGUCAGCCUGGAACUACCUGCUGGCCAGCAUGGCAUUCUGGGACUUCCUGGUCCUGGUGCUCUGCCUUCCUGUGGUGGUCCUGAACCAGCUCUCGCAUAGGAGGAUCCUGGGUGACAUCACCUGCCGCAUGGUGCCUUAUAUGGAGGCCGUGUCUCUGGGCAUCACCUCCUUCACUCUGUGCGCUCUGGGCAUCGAUCGUUUCCACGCCGCCACCUCCUCGUCCCAGCCCAAGGCGCGGCGGGUGGAGCGCUGCCGCUCCGUGCUGCUGAAGCUGAUUCUCGUGUGGCUCGCCGCUCUGCUGCUGUCCAGCCCCGAGAUCUUCCUGUGGCAGCUGAGCCAGGCCGUGUCCCCGUCCACCGGAAGACUGGUCGACUCCUGCACCAUCACCCCGUCCUCCCCCCUGACCCUUUACCUGCCCGACUCCCUCCACUCUCUGCUGCUCAGGUAUCACCAGGGCCGUAUGUGGUGGUGUUUCGGCUGCUACUUCUGCCUCCCCGUCCUCUUCACCAUCCUCUGCCAAAUGGCCACACGCAACGUCAACAGCGACUCCAGCUCCGCCGAAAAGAAGCGCAACCAAGACGACCGCUCCUCCAAUCAGAAGCGCCAGCAGCACCAGGCGGUGGAGCGGCAGCUGAACUGCACUCUGUUGGCGUUGGCCGUGGUUUACGGCGUGUGCGCUCUGCCCGAACACGUCUGCAACAUCACGCUGGCCUACACGCACAUCACCGUCUCCGAGGACACGGCCGCCAUGCUGGCUCUGCUGCAUCACUUCCUGUUGUUCUUUAAGUCAUCGGUGACGCCGGUGCUGCUGCUGUGUCUGUGUAAGGCUCUGGGUCAGGCCUUCAUGGACUGCUGCUGCUGCUGCUGUCAGGAAUGUCAGCCAACCACAUCUCAGGGCUCGCCAAGCUCCGCCCAGGUCAAACUGAAGGCAGCCAAUGAGACGUCCAUCUUCUUCGACAAGGCUAAAGAAACGUCGGCCAUCUUGUCCAUCUCCAGCUAGAGGCACAGAUCUCUAUUAAACCAUCCGUCCAUGAAUCAAUCCAGCCAUUCAGCUCCUCCUCUUCCUGUCAGCUGUUUCUCCUCCAUCUUUAGUUUCACUCCAACGACUCCCUCUUCCUUUUCUCUCUUCUUCCAGAGCACCUCUGCAUCAAUGAUCACCUUCCUCUUCCUCUUCCUCUUCCUCUCUGUCCACUCCUCCUCCUCUACCAGAUUACCGUUUGUAUGAUAUUCUUCUAUGGACACAGUGUUUUGUUCCCCUCCAGCUUCAUGUCUGUGCAGGGAAUGAUGUUUAAUCUGUAGUGAGAUUAGAUUAAUGUUGCUGUACUUGCACAACCUGCUGGAGUAAAAGCAGGAGCCUGUUUCAGGACUCUCUGAGCGGACUCUUCCCCUGACUUCCUGCAGAACGGAUGGACCUGAGCGUGGAUCGUCUUCUGACAGCUGAAACUUUAAAGGGCCGUGUCCUUUCAACACAUUUUUUUACCCUUGCAGCGCCAACAACCAGUUUGUCCUCAGUAAAGACCAAGUAGAUAUCUGAAGUCCUUCCCUUCUUGAUUCUGAUUGGUUGGUGAGAGGGAAGUGGCAUUAACAAGCCUGAGAGUGCUCCAACAGUUGAACCAUUAUCCAUUGAACAGUUUUUAACUUGAGACACUGAGCACCAAGCUGCAUUGAUUCACAUCAAAAUCAGGCGCUGAAGGCAUAAAAAUGCUGUAAAUGGACACAGGCCCUAACUGUUAUAACAGAGAGUAUUAGACAGCAGCUGUUCCUCCUGAUAGAAGCUCUGAUGAAAACUUAAGAGUGAUCUUAAGCUCCAAUGAUGAGGUUUUCAAGUCUAAUGUCAACGUUGAGUUCACAGGUGAAACUGAAACAGGCUGUAAUGGCUGCAAACGAAUCCUUGGUGCUUGUUUUUGUCUCUGAAAGACUCAGGUUGUUAUUCUAAGAGUUCUAACAACAUUAAAUAACAGCCACCCUAUCGUACUGACCGAACCAUGGUUUUACCAGACACAACACAGGAGUUACUGGUUCACCACUGCCUCCAUUUGUUUGUUUUUGAGUGUUUUAUUGUGUUAAGUUGUUCAAUCCAAUCAAACCAUUUAAAAAAUCACACAGACUGACUGAUCGCUGCAGCAGUAGAUCAACAUCUGAGUUGUGUUUGGAGGUAAAAGUCAUGUUUUUGUUAAUAGAUGGUGAUUUUGGAUGGAGGAUUGUUGCCAGACUCUUAGAAUAACAACCUGAGCCUGUCAGGGACAAACACAAGAACUGUUAGUGGAUUCACUUCAACAGGGAACAUCUGCCACCAAGCAUGUCAUUUCAGCCAUUACAGCAUGUUUUACUGGAGCAUUAAGACCCCGAACCCUUCAACAAAUUGGGCCUAGGUUUUAAAACUCUGGAGAACCAAUGUGUAAACCUUGUUGCUUGAGGCUGCUAACCCCCAACAGAUUACAUGACACAGGAUUAUAAUUGUCAGUGAAAGGACUCUAUGGCUGUGUUUCCACCCAGCGCUCCAGUUUGGUUCAGUCCAGUUUGGUCUGAUUUUGGAUCUUGUUUGCGUUUCCAAAGCCAACUGUUCCCUUGGGCGUGUUCGCUGCAUGGCGGCUCUGGAACGAAUUGAUUUUCAAUUUGCUGUUCAGACCGCCAGCGUGAGCAGCACCAAAAACCGACAGGAUAGCGGGCGCACUGACUUUUUUCCUCUAGCUGUGCAGAGAUCCUGGCCGAAAUGGACAGAAAAGAGAGAAGCUGAGGGCUGAAUUGGUUCUGUAUAUUUAUGUCACAAGCAGGACAAAUAUAUUGGUGUUACUUCUGGAGUGCUUUUCAAAGUAAAAACCCCUUAUUCCAGAAAGAGACAGGUAUUUAAUGAAAGAAGUAACUUACACAGCUCCUUAUUCGAGCCUAAGGGGAACUUUAGUUGGGAAAAGCUGGCAGCAGGUCGGCUGCAGGUACGCUUUGUUAAUUAUUAAAUAACAUCAGGUCACAGGAAAUAUUUCUUCUUGUGCAAUCUCCCUCCCCAUGUGCAUCCACCUCUGUGCCCCUCUCUCUGCUCAGCUGGUGUCUGUAUCAGGAUUCCCUGAUCUGAAUAAAAGCGUACAUUAAACAGAGUCCUAAGUCAUUAAGAUACAUCAUUAACUGAUCAAGUAACAUCAGGUUAGAGAGAUAUAAUCCAGUGUCACCUUUUCUCCCCCGAAAUACUCCGGAGUGUCUAACUCCACCCUUCAGGGGUGUAUCCCACGCUCAGUACCCCAACAGGCGAGGGCGAUAAAGGUAGAACGGAUCAGUUAUGUUGGUACCUUUCCAAACUUCUGUCCAUGAUGAUAAAAAUACUUGUGUACCAUGCUGAACCGAACUGAACUGGACUACCUGGUGGAACUGUUUAUGCUCAUGUGCCUUCAGAGACAGCACAGGUUCAUUAUUGUCACUAAAGGGAGUAAAGGGGCGAAGGUUUGAGAUCUAAAGAGUGUUUGAACAGGAAUCAGACCGCCUCAGUGUUGAGGUGGUCUCUCUGUACAGGAAGAUAAAACGCAUAGGAAGAUUAAAGUUGAUUAAUAUUUGUUUAGAGCAGAGCUUUCACACUGAGACUGUCGAGAGAAGAUAUGAGUGUAGCUGUUCUAAUGCUAGAAAUAUGAAACUAAUUAUUGAACGACAGGAUCAAAGUAGUCAUGCUUUCUGUGAUUUCAUGAGGAUGUCUGUCUUUUUUUAAUGUCCAGUGUCACAGCGGUAGCUUCACAGAAAUAUAAUGUGUGUCAGAGCCGACUGUGCCUUAGUAUCUCCUCAUUAACAGACAAUCCCUCUCUCUGAGGCGACAUCAACGAGUACUGGAAGAACAGGAAGUAGCCUUAUUGUUCAAGAUCCCCAACAGGACAAAAAGUCAACCCGUGACGCCGUUUAUUCCAGACCUCCGAUAGUCAGAGUCUGGUCCUGUAGGAUCGGUUGGGAGUCUACUUGUGUUGGUGAGAGUCAGGAUGAGGGGCGUGUUUUAAGGAAUGCACCAUGUUAAAGAAGGUCUUUAAAAGUCGGGCUGGAUGAGUGUAUUUGUGAGAGAGAGAAAGAGACUGCAGCACGUUUGGAGCUGAAACUAGUCCCUGACUGUUGGGGUUUCUGAAUAUCCGGCAAGUCUUUGGGAUGCAAAGAUCCAGGAGGGGAAGUCCAUGCUUUGCCGGGUCUGAAACAACAUUUCAAUGCUUGUUUGUUGAUGUAGUCUGGAUCCACCAUUUCCUCUCUAGAGUUUAAAGAAUUCAACGUUGCUUCUCUCGCUUCAUUCAGAUCUCUGAACUGACUUUUUAAAAGAUUGCACCACUGAGGAAUUUCCAUGUUCUUUGGUGUUUGUGGAGAUAGAGUAAAUAAGGCGGAGGAGGCCGAGUGAACAAACAGAGCAAUGCUAAUUUUAGAUUUUGAAUCAGGCAGAGAACCAGACAAAGCUAGGAGGAGACAUUUAGCAGUCUUAGCUAAUUGUUUGGAAAGGUUUGAGGCUUCCUGUGAAAAUGACACACAAAUCCAUUCUAUGAUUUUAUUUUUGUUGUUGCAGAAAUAAAGAAAUGAUCAUCCUCUCCCUUCUGGCUCAGAAUAACUCGCCUCAUUUUAACUCUUUCAGUAGACAGUGACACCAGAACACCUGCUAACCCCGGCUCAUGUGAAACCAUGUGGACCUUUUUCAGACUGAACUUUCAUGAAGCUGUUUUCGUCUGUGAUUCAAACUCCUGUUUUCAUUCACACGUGGUAAAUAUAUUUGUUAAGUUGAUUCAUUUUUAUGGAAGCUGUAAAUGAGAGGCACACUAAGAGUUAAAGUCCCACUGGUGUGUUGUUUGACUUUGUUGUGAAUAUGAACACAGUUUGACAUUAAAGUCUGGAUUUUCUUUCCUAACUUUUUAAUAAAGGGACGACCACACAAACAGAUCCUCUGUGCCUGACUCAGACUUUGUCUCUCUUAACUGUACAGGAUGGAGGGGGCGGUACGGUACAAAUUAAUGUGCAUUAUUAAAACCUUCUGAUGCAAUGAUU